GCCUUAUAAAAAUGAAGGUAUUUUUGCAGCCUUGGGAGCUUUUCUCUUCCCAGUCCAUUCCCCUGCCUCUCAUCAGAAACACUCUCUUUUACCCUAGCAAGCUUCGGCGGCGAUUUCUCUUCAGUCGUCCUCCCCAAACGAUUCCGAGGUUUUCAUUUGUUCUUACGGAACUGGACAGUCUGGCUAUCGAUAAUCAACAGCAGCGGCAGAAUAAUACUGGAUUUGUCAAGGCCAAUCACCACAAAGUCAUGGUGAGUCCUGUAGGCCGAAUGGGGAACGAUGAAUUGGGUCCCCCAUGGCUAAAGCCACUGCUGAGAGCUAAUUACUUCAUCCCCUGCUCCAUUCAUGGAGAUUCCAAUAAAAGCGAAUGCAAUCUGUUCUGUUUGGACUGUAUGGGACAUGCUCUAUGCUCCUACUGUUUGAUCAAUCACAAAGAUCACCGCGUUGUGCAGAUAAGACGAUCCUCGUACCACAACGUUGUUAGGGUUAAUGAGAUUCAGAAGUACCUCGACAUUUCUGGUGUUCAGACAUACAUUAUCAAUAGCGCAAAGAUUGUGUUCUUGAAUGAGCGGCCACAGCCUAGGCCUGGAAAGGGGGUUACUAAUACAUGUGAGAUUUGCUGCAGAAGCCUCCUUGAUUCCUUCAGAUUUUGCUCUUUGGGUUGCAAGCUGGGGGCUAUGAAGCGGGGUGAGCCAGACCUCACGUUUACACUGAGAAUGAAGCACACCAGGGACGGGUUCCAUGGUGGGUCAGAAUCAGAUGAGUCAUCAACCCCUAAGAAGAUUCGGAGGACGAACAUUUUCAACCGCAUGAUGAUGGAUAGCCCUGCAAUUUCAUCUGAUGGCCACAACAAUUACGGUGGAGAGAGGUCUCCCAGUUCCGGGGAUGAGGCCACUACAAACAUUUCACGCUUUUCACCCGCAACGCCUCCGAUUUUCAACCACCACAAUGCCCGGAGAAGAAAGGGUAUACCCCAUCGAGCUCCAUUUUGAGAUGAAUCUAUCAUAUACGUACUGUGAAGUUAUAGCUAUAUGGUGAAUUGAAGUGAUAGACUUUAUAAAAAAACUAAUCGAUAAAUUAAAUAGAAAAAAGAUUAAAAAAAAAAAGAACAAAAUGUGGGAAAGGAAAUGCACAGACUUAGCUUUGUAAAUACUAGAAAGACAAAUAGAGUGUGGUUUUUUACUAGGGUCUGAAGUAUGAGGUGGUCUCUCAUAUAUAUAUGGUAAUUACUGUUGGGAUUUAUGUCUUAGUUAGAAAUUUUAGGAUAUAAAUAAUAGCCUAUCCUUGUACAGAUAAUUACAUAUCUGGGCUUUGGGUUGUUGGAAAGAUAUCAUAAUGGAAUGGCAUCAUGCUGGCAUAUGUACAGAGAACAUAUUUUGUGCAUAUUGACAGUGUUUUUUUUUUUUUGUAAAAUGAAAAAAGAAAAAAAAAAAUUAUACUGUUGUGUGUUU